CAUAAUAUUAUUGCCAUUUCUUCAAAAGUAGAUCGCUAGUUCCGGUUCUAUAAACAGCAAGCUCACAUACCCACAUCACACAACUACUGCUAUAGCUAUACACACCAGACAACUAAACCAUUGUGUCAUCUGAAGAGAGAGAAUCCACCCACCAUCGGAGCCAUGGACCUUGCGAUGGCAGCCAUGGGCUCCCUUCUUCCCAAGCUAGUCGAGCUCCUCCAUGGAGAAUACAAGCUGCAAAAGGGUGUGAAGAGAGAUGUAGAGUUUCUCGAGAGGGAGAUGAGGAGCAUAGACGUUGCCCUCCGUAAAUUGGCCAUGGUGCCCCGUGACAAGCUCAAUGACAACGCCAAGAUCUGGGCAGAUCGAGUCCGGGAGCUGUCGUAUGAGAUGGAGGAUCUCGUCGACAACUUCUCGGUGCGCGUCGAGGACUCAGAUCUCGAUAGUUCCAAGAGAUUUAUGAAGAAGGUGUCCAAUUUGUUCAAAAAAGGCAAGACCCAACACCAGAUCGCCGAGGCGAUCAAAGACAUCAAGGAGCAGGUCCAGGAGGUGACGGAUCGACGUGACAGGUACAAGAUUGAUGAUGUUGAGGAAAGUCUAGCUGCUACAACCAGCAUUGACCCUCGGCUGAUGACUCAGUUCAAAGAUCACAGAGAGCUUGUUGGCAUCGAGGAGGUAAGGGACGAGCUAAUUAAGAGGCUGAUAGAUGGAGAUGAUUGUAGGUCCAAGCAGGAGCUCAAGAUACUCUCAAUCUUUGGAUUUGGAGGUCUUGGCAAGACAACUCUUGCGAGAGCAGUUUACGACAAGAUACAAGUAGGAUUUGAAUGGAAGGCUUUUAUUUCGGUGGGCCAGAAUCCUAACUUGAAGAAUGUUCUCAUAGGUAUUCUCUUCCGACUUGACGAAGCCUCUUGUUCUAAUGCAAAAAUGUUGGAUGAGGGGCUGCUCAUUGAAAAACUCAGAGGACUGCUUGCGAACAAGAGGUAUCACCAUCCAUUCUAAUGCAUGUCAUGGGAGAUUUACAUCAUUGCAAAUGCAUGCUUACUAUAUCUUUUCAGCGGCCAAAAUAAAAGGUGAAGAGGAUGAAUUAGAUUUAGAUUGCAUCAAACUGUUUCUACAUGUUUGAAGCAAAUUGUACCAGCUUUACCAAUUGUCAAAUGGUCUUGCCAAUUACCUGGACCUGAUUGGAAUAAAUGUUAGUUCAGAAUAGAAAUAGAUGUAUUAUAUAAAUUAUGUUUGAACUGCCGAACAAGUUUACGAAACUCUAAUAGGAUAGACUCUAUCAAAGUAUCAAACCCUUGCAUGUAUUUUGACAGUGGCUUCCACUCCACAUUUUAUUAUUUAUUUAUUUCUCACUCGGUUGUCAUGUGAAGCACCUUUUUGUAAAUUGAAUAGUCAUUUUGGGUUCUUUGCUGAGGUGCUUUCCAUAUUUCGUCUAUUUCUAUGUCGACACAUUAGAUAUAUAGUUUGACUAAUCUACGCCUCUUGCAUUG